AUGAGAGUUACUGCACUUUUGCUCACAAUUCUCGCUGUGGAUGCCUUUCCCUUGCUCAGUUCUCUUACAGGGUCUCAGGAUGAACUUCGUGUGAUCAAACUUGGCCCAGAUACUUACCAGGCAGUUUCUGAGUCGGAGAAGGUGAAAUUGAAGCGUUCCAAAAUCAACUUUAUUGACGUUACAAAUCAAAUUUCCGUCCAAGAGGCCAUCGAAAAUGGCAUGGUGGAGGCAGUGGCUCCCAAACAUUGGUGGAAUAAUGCUUUAUAUUUUGGUUCAAAACAGCUCGACUCGUUGAAAACGGAGAUUCCUAAUUACAAGUACCCCACCAGUGUUUCCCAUUCCAAGACGAUCAAGAAGGCACUCAAGAAAAUCGAUACCGAACGUAUGUAUGAUCUUCUUUCCAAAUUUUCAUCCUUUUAUACCAGAUAUUACAAGCUGGAUACCGGCUACGAGAGUGCUCGGUGGCUCGAACGUCAUAUUGACGAAAUUGUCAAACCAGCUAAGAACGUUACGGUUUCCCAGGUCCACCAUGACGGCUGGAAUCAAUACUCAAUCAUCGUUAGCAUUCCUGGCAUUACUGAUUCCAAGGUUGUUGUAGGUGCUCACCAGGAUUCAGCCAACUUGCUUUUACCCAAUCUUUUAAAGGCUCCUGGUGCAGAUGACGAUGGGUCAGGAACAGUAACUACGUUGGAAGCGUUGCGUAUAUUGAUGGACUAUUAUGUGGAUGGUACCUUUGUGCCUUAUAACACUCUUGAGUUCCACUUUUACUCUGCUGAAGAAGGUGGACUUUUGGGCUCAAUUGAUGUGUUUAGCAGGUACCAUGCUAACAAGGAGACGGUUAUCGCUAUGCUUCAGCAGGAUAUGACCGGUUACAGUGCGGGCAUGUCCGAACUGGGUGUGGAACAGCAUCUUGGGUUGAUUAUGGACUACACCACUCCUAGUCUUAACGAGUUUCUAAAGAUGAUUAUUGGCGAGUACUGUGCCAUUCCGUACCACGAAACCGAAUGUGGUUACGCCUGCUCGGACCAUGCUUCUGCGCUUGAAAAUGGGUACCCUGCUUCGUUCAUCAUCGAGUCAGAAUUCAAGUACUCCAGUCACUACAUUCAUUCAGUGAUGGACACCAUUGACCGUAUUGACUGGGACCACGUAACAGAACAUGUCAAACUUACAUUGGGUUAUGCCUGGGAAAUGGCAUCUGCCAAGGUGAAAGUUGAGUAG